GUUCGUGUCGCAGGCCGCUCGCCCACCUUCAGCGAAUCGCUCACACCCGCGCCAGAAGAAAAGUGCAACAAGAAAGCCAAACCGACCAGACAAACCGCGUACACAUACCACCCACGCCUCUCUCUCCGUGUCUCGCCGCUGGAUUAAAUGCCUAGCUGGUUCGCCAGACGACAGACUACCGCCUGAGCACAGAGGUCGCGAAGCCCCGGGUGCAGCUACCUAAACAUGAGGAUGGCCGACUUCUCCCACUCCGGUUGCUUCUUCGUCCUCUGCUUCCUCUUCUCAGGACAAAAUCUCCAAACACUUGGUGUCAGUGUUGGCAUCAAUUACGGACAAAUAGCAAACGACCUCCCAACUCCCACCGCCGUCGCCAGGCUCAUUCAAACAAUCAACAUCAGCAGAAUCAAGCUCUACGACGCCAACCCCGACAUCCUGACCGCUUUCCAACGCUCUGGCGUGGACUUCAUCAUCGCCAUCGGCAACGAGAACGUGGUCAACAUGAUGGACUUCACCAAGGCCCAGGAAUGGCUUAAGAAGAACGUCCAGCCCUACAUCAAUCAAACUCGGAUCACCUGCAUCACCGUCGGCAACGAGGUUCUCACCGGCAAUGACACCGGAUUGAUGGCCAACCUUCUUCCGGCCAUGCAAUCCGUGUACCAAGCCCUGGUUGCCCUGGGACUCGAUAGACUAGUGAACGUCUCCACGGCGCACUCUGUUGGCAUCUUAGGCAAUUCCUUUCCUCCUUCCUCUGGUUUUUUUCGCCAAGAUCUCGCCGAGUACAUUCAGCCGCUGCUCAACUUUCACGCCGAAAUCAACUCACCCUUCCUCAUCAACGCCUAUCCCUUCUUCGCCUACAAGGAAAACCCACAGAGCGUUUCCUUGGAGUAUGUUCUGUUCGAGACCAACCCAGGAGUCACCGAUCCAAACACAAAUUUGACCUACGACAACAUGCUCUACGCGCAGAUUGAUUCUGUUUACGCUGCAGUCCGAGCUAUGGGUCACACGGACAUCGACGUCGCAAUAUCAGAAACAGGCUGGCCGUCGAAAGGCGACUCCGACGAGAUCGGAGCAACCCUACAGAACGCAGCGACCUACAACAGGAAUCUGAUGAGCCGAAUUGCAAUGAAUCAAGGGACUCCGAUGAAUCCCUCGGUGCCGAUCAAUGUGUAUGUUUUUGCUCUAUUCAAUGAGAAUUUGAAGCCGGGCCCAACGUCGGAGAGGAAUUAUGGGCUUUUCUACCCUGAUGCCACCCCUGUUUAUGAUAUCUCCUUACUCGGAGGACAACCGUUCUCCUCCCCUUCAUCAUUUUCAACAAAUUUGACGGCGUGGAAUGCGCUUGGCAUUCUUAUCCUCCUGAUUGCGAUCUUGAUUUAAGUCCUUUUCUUCUUCAAAAUUAUACUUAGUAGUUGGCUUCAUUCAUCCAUCCUUAAUUAAUUUGGACAAGUAGAUGCUGACUAAAUCAGGACUUUGUCCAUGAAGGUUUGAAAUCAAUUCUUCUCUAUUGUAGUUUUCUUUUCCUGUUCAUACAUGGAUUUUUGACAUAAUAAAAAGAGAACUUUUCACAGACUCUGUAAUAGUUAACAGGAGAUUCCGGUUCAUACGAUCAUAUUCAUUCAUUAAUAGGAAAAAAACGAAAAUCAAAAUUGAGGUUGGAUGUUGAAAUCUGAACCACAAUUGACCUUUCGCCAGUGUAUUCCAAAAAGGUUGCGAAGCUGCCAAACCUUGAGAAUUCACUAUUUGGUUUUGAGUGAAGCAAAUAUUCUUGUUGUUUGCAGGAAGUCAGAAGCUGUCCUUAUCGUAGCUCACGAUCUUAAUCGUAUGAUGUAUUAAUUUGACUUUCCCUAUCUUGUUCGCAUGUAACCAACCAAAGAUGCUUUUAAAACUACAAAUUCUAAAAUUAUAUCAAACAGUAUUAAAGCAUGCUUUACUUGAUCAAUUUGAUCUUUUACACUAUUCAUUAGUCAGUAUUAGGUUUUACUCUCUGGUGUGUUCGCCAAUGUUUUCACAUUUUUCACAUUAGCUUCUGUUUGUGUUUCAUGUGAUACAGGUGCCAGAUGUUCUAUAGAAAUGUUGCGUGUAUGAAGAGUUGUAGCGUGUAUUAUUUCUUUUUCUGCAAAAAACAAAAAAAAAAAAAAGAAAA